UCAAGCUACAGGUGGCUACGUCUCAUUAGCUGUGGAAAUAGCGUGUGUUAUGCGGCUCUUCAUGCAAAAACAAACCUAGUUUUCAUUUAAAAGUCCGGGAAUUCAACAUUUUUCUAAGGUUGCUGGGACUGUUGAUGAGAACAGCGUAUUAUCUGAGCUCGACACAUCGGGUCUGAAACUGUUGCUGAAGGAGCACUGUUUGACAGCCAUGGAUGCAACGUUACUUUACCUCUGACAGUGACAACAGUGGCUUUUUUAAGCAAAUGGCUUCUGUUUUGGAAGAUCCAACCCUAGAGCGCCACUUCAAGGGGCAUAAAGAUGCCGUCACCUGUACCGACUUCAAUCCAAACCGCAAACAACUGGCCUCAGGUUCAGUGGAUAAAUCUCUGAUGAUCUGGAAUCUGGCUCCAAAGGCCAGAGCUUUCCGUUAUGUCGGGCACCAAGACCUCAUCACUGGGGUGCAGUUCUCCCCCUCCGGUCUCCUGGUGGCCACUUCCUCCAAGGACAGGACGGUCCGACUGUGGACCCCCACCAUGAAAGGAGAGUCCACAGUGUUCAAAGCCCACACGGCGCCUGUACGCAGCGUUGCUUUCUCCCACGAUGGACAGAGGCUGGUGACGGCGUCGGAUGAUAAGUCGGUCAAAGUGUGGAGCGUUCACCGGCAGUGCUUCGUCUACUCGCUCACCCAGCACACCAACUGGGUGCGCUGCGCCAGGUUUUCUCCAGAUGGGCGUCUGAUAGCGUCGUGUGGAGACGACCGCACCGUCCGGCUGUGGGACACGUCCACCAAACACUGCAUCAACUGCUUCACCGACUCUGCAGAAUCGGCCACGUUUGUUGGUUUUAACUCGAGUGGAACAUGCAUCGCGUCCUCGGGAGCCGACAGUUCACUGAAGAUCUGGGAUCUCCGCACCAACAAGCUGAUUCAGCACUAUCAAGUCCACAGUGCAGGGAUCAACAGUUUUUCCUUCCACCCGUCCAAUAACUUCCUGAUCAGCGGCUCCAGCGACAGCACAGUGAAGAUCCUGGACCUGGUGGAGGGGCGCCUCAUCUACACCCUGCAUGGACACAAGGGCGCUGUAAUCACAGUAGCUUUUUCCAGGGCAGGAGACCAGUUUGCCUCGGGGGGAGCUGAUGGUCAGGUGCUGAUGUGGAGGACAAACUUUGACAGAAAGUCGUACCAGGACGUCCUGCAACAACACAGUCGGAGGUCCACACCAGACCCUGCACCCCACCUGACUGACAUCCACCCGAGGACCCCCCACCUGCACCGCCAGCAGCCCUCAGGCAUUCAGAUCAGUCCAGCAGUGGCAGACACUCAGUCCAUUGAUCCAGACGUCAUAGAGUUCAGCCAAUCAGUUCACAGCACCACGCUCUUAAACGGUCGAACACACUUGACGCCCACGCAGGCCGCAGCCAACGGUCACCUCUCCAACGGUUUGUCGGCGCGAAACAGAGCCAGUUCAGGAGUGGGAGGAUGGACGGGAGACGAGAGCACCAGCAGGGCGAAAAGUGGUGCCUCUGUUUGGACUGGGGGAAACGGGGGAGGAAGAGGAAGGAGAGAGGAGGAGGAUGAAGAGGAGGAUGAAGAUGAGGAAGAGGAGGAGAGAGGGCAGACCUACCCACUGGAAGUUCUCUCCGCUCCUCCCUCCAGUCUGGACUCUACCCUGCGGCACAUUGUUAAACAGCUGGAUAUUCUCACACAGACGGUGUCGGUGCUGGAGGAGCGUCUCACGCUGACGGAGGACAAGCUGAAGGAGUGUCUCCUCAACCAGUCCCAGAUCCUGAAGGACGUCCAAUCAGGAGAGAGGAGGAGGAGCCAGGAGACGGACGGAUCACCUGUCCAUUUCACCUGAGGACAACCUCGCCCUGCCACACACACACACACACACACACACUGCAACACACACACACACACACACACACAGCAACACACACACACACACUGCAACACACACAACACACACACACACACACGUGCGCAAUGAGUUGAACUGCUUCACCCCAAGACUGCUGGACAUGGGUUUGUGUAUGUCUGUCUGUCUGUGUGUCUAAAUGUCGACCUUGGUGGUCUCUCAUCUCAGGGGUCAGAGGGUUAAUCAGGAUGUGUGUGUGUGUGUGUGUGUGUGUGUGUGUGUGUGUGUGUGU